CGUCAACAGCGUUGCGAAAACUUAAAUCACUUUAUACGUGUGCGAUCUAUGCAGCCGCUUAACUUUGCUGAUAUGAUGGCACCAUAUAUGAUUUCCCUUCUCCUCGCCAUGGAGAUGUAUUCGGAAUUAAGGAUAGCCCACGUCAACGGUCAGACACUGAGUCUACAAAGUUUGCCCUCCGCUGCUGUAAGGGAUGACACAUUUCAGUUUACCUGUACCGUCACUGGUGGCGGCUCUUUGCUGGGAACUCUGACUUUCCAAAGAGUGGGGACAUUUAUUUCGUGUGUUGUCAAUGCUGGUACCUGCGGCCAGUUGAACAGUCUACCUGGGUACACCUGUGGGUGUGUGAGUGGACAGACGCGGGUAUUCUACAUGAAUAUUGCAUCAGUUACUACAGAUGAUGGUGGUACCUGGAGGUGUCAGUACAGCGCUAGCAACAUCAACAUCAACUCUAUCAGCAACUCCAUCAGUCUGGAAGUUCUGUACGGCCCAGGCAUUACCUCUGUUCCCACACACAGACAAGUAAUAGAGAACGCAAGUCCUGACAUAGACUGCAGCAGUAACAUCACACCCGGCAAACCCUCAACAACACGCUACAGGUGGACAGGUCCGGGAGGGUACAGCAAGAACGGAGCUGUACUAGACAGACUUGUCACCAGGAACCAGGGAGGGGUGUACACCUGUACUGCCACCAACACUGCAGGACUGUCGGACACAGCCCAGGUCAACAUCUAUGUACAGUGCAGUGCUGCUGGUCAGUCACAGCCAGAUGGACUCGGUCAAGGAAUUGGUAUUGGAAUCGGAGUAUCCCUGCCAGUGAUACUUGUGUUAACUGUCAUCAUUGUAAUCAUGUGGCGACGAAGCCGUGGAAACAUUGACAAAGUUAACAAAGAUCAAACAGAAACAAUCGAAAACCAGCCACACGGGGACACCACACCAAACCAAGCCCACGCAAGCCUUGAUGAGCAUGACGGAUAUGAGAAACUCGACAUGGGAAACCACGACAAAGAAUCUGAGGAGACGGUUGGUACGGUUGGAAAGGAAUCGGUGUACGAAAAUCAAGGGCUGGUGGAGAUACCCUAGAUUCUGUAAAUGGAAAAUGCACAGUGGAACGACAAUGACUCCCAAGUUCCAAACAACAGUUGUACCAAUCAAGAAAUGACUACGAUGUUCCAAACAAGUUCGACUCUACAGUUGAAACAAUCGGAAUGUGACCGUCAAUUUCCAUGCCACAUAUGCAACGAUUCAUGUGUGAGAUUAUAGAUGGCGAUAAAGUUUGUAUGUAUCAACAAGUCGGGCAUUGGUUGGUUAACCCACACAGUUUCUGAAGUAGUAAUAAAAGGCUUACAUCAAUUUAAAAGGGUGCCUGAUCUCGAAAAGGACUAUUAUAAUCCCCGUUUCUAAAACUACAAGUAAUCAUAAUUUUGCAUUCUGUGUAAAGUUGUUAUGAUAUAUAACUCUGUAACUAUGUACAGCGUAUACAUGACUAACAGCCAAACUAUGUAAUUAUUAUUUGUCUUUGUAAGGGAGAGGUGUUCAUAUAAGCUUACAGCUUGUUCACCGA